AUGGCGGCCCCCAGCCGUCGACGCGAGAUGGACGUUAUGAAACUGAUGAUGAGCGAUUGGAAGGUGGAGAUGGUGGAGGACAAUGUGAGCGAGUUCUACGUGGAGUUCAAGGGGCCCGGGGAGAGUCCCUACGAGGGAGGGUGCUGGAAGGUCCACGUCGAGCUGCCGGAGGCGUACCCGUACAAGUCGCCCUCCAUUGGCUUCGUGAACAAGAUUUACCACCCGAAUGUUGAUGAGAUGGCUGGUUCCGUGUGCCUGGACGUCAUCAACCAAACGUGGAGUCCAAUGUUUGAUCUGGUGAACGUCUUCGAGGUGUUCCUGCCCCAACUGUUGCUCUAUCCCAACCCCACGGACCCUCUCAACGGGGAGGCUGCAGCGCUGCUCAUGCGAGAGCCGGACGCAUACUCCAAGAAAGUACGGGAGUACGUGCAGAGGUUUGCCCGGCCGGAGGACUGCAAUGUCAAGCCCUCCAACAAGGCGGACAGUGCUGACGAGCGGAUGACAGGGUCAGAUGGGGGCUUCCUGACAGACUCCGAGGAUGAGGAGGCUGGGCAUAGGGGGGAGGCCACCUGUACACAAUGA